UUUUCUAGUAUCGAAAGUUGUUGAUAAGAACAACUUCAAAGCGCUACUGUCACAAUUGCAAGGCAAACUGGUCAAAACGGCAAUUAUUUUCCAAUUCCUGAGGAAAAUUUCUUCAAAUAGAGUCUCAGGACCCUAUCGGAUAAAAAGGACGAUGUAAGACUGAGGACGAGGAAUUCAAGAUGGCGGACAACGAGAGUGCUGCUCUUGAGGAGGCAGGCGACAAAGAUAAUAGCGAUGAACUGUCCGCUCUCACAAAUGAAGUUGUCAGUGGCGUAGAAUCUAUUACAAAGACUCUUUCAAAGUUGGGUGCAAAUGAACCUCAGUACAACUGGGAAGACAUUACAGACAAUUUUACAGAGGCUGCAUCUGAAUUGAAACUGGGUGAGCUUGUGCAUGACAACAUAUUUGGCUUGUUUGAAGCCAUGUCAGCAAUUGAGAUGAUGGAUCCCAAAAUGGAUGCUGGAAUGUUGUGUAACAAAGCAAAGAAAGUUCUUCAAUUUGAGCCAGCAGUUAAAGCUGGUCUUGUAAGAAUCAAAGAUUUAACUCCCAAAGAACUUAUUGGUAUCAUGGAUGAAUUGAUAGCUUGCUUGAUUACGUGGUUAGAUGGACAUUCCCUGGUACAGACCGUUUUUACUUGUCUCUACAUGCAUAAUCCCUUCAUCAUUGAAGACCCUUGCCUUAAGGCAUUUUGUAUAGCCAUGUUAAAAACUUGUGACCUAAUCAAGUCUAUUGUUAACAGAGCUCAAGUAUUUGAGGAGGAAGAUUUUCAAGCAAUUACUUAUGGAUUUAAAUUUGCAACUCAAGUGACAGAGACAAGAGCCGCAGGUAUGCUGAAAGAGGCAGAAGAUGAAGUUGGUAGAAAAUUAAAGCCAUUGAAGACCAGACUGAGAGAGGAACCCAACUGUGACUUAGAUACAGUGAAGAGCCAAGUUAAGGAGUAUGAAGCUGUUUUAGCAAGAUUAAAGUUCUAUAAAUCAUUCUACCUCACUUUAGUUGCUCUGGAAAAGUCAGAGGGUUCAGGUGUGGCCUCAGGCAAGCAGUCAUUAAGCACUGCAUUGUCUCUGAUUGAACCAAUCAGAAAGACUGUAGAGUUAGGUGUUCAACCAAUAUCCACGGGUGAUAACAGGCAAGGUAGUAUAAUGGGUUUUGAACCGCUUGUCAAUCAGAGACUUUUACCUCCAUCCUUUCCAAGAUAUACAGCCAUUUUUGGUCGAUACCAGGCUAUUGAUUAUACCGAAGAAAUGGUCAAAAGAUUUCUUCAUAUCUGCGAUGUUGUGAACUAUGCGUCGCUUCAUAUUGUAAUUGACUUCGUUUCAGAAUUUAGCAAGAAACGGCCGUGUGUUUUGACACGCUCAUAUUUACAGCUUCUUGUUUGGCGCAACAAUAAUCUUUUGGGAAGAGCCGAGACAAUCAGAGAUGCAAUCAAAGCAUUUAACAGUCCGCCGUCCAUUGCUGAGAAAUCCUCCCUCAGUACCAACCCCAAAGCGAGUGACCUAGCCGAUAGUUUUAUUAACAGAGCUUUCAGGCCUGUAAAGUCCAUUAUCCAUGCUCUCGGUCACAAUCGUGCUCGGCAGAGAGACAAGUUGGCACAUCUUUUGGAGGAAUUUGCUGCUCUUCAGGAUGAAGCAGACAAAGUAGAUGCGCAACUUCAUACUUUGUUAAUCAAAGUAGAGCCUCAGCGUCAGCACUUUGCCUGUUUUGGGUCAUGGGUGUUGUACCAUACACUAAACAUCAUGAUUCAAUAUCUGUUGUCUGGGUUUGAGUUGGAACUCUACAGUCCGCACGAGUAUCACUACGUUUUCUGGUACCUGGACUUCUUGUUCGGAUGGCACAUGACGUGCCUUAAUCGUGCUGAAAAAUUACUGCAGGCCCAAGAGACUGCACUAGAGCAGAGAAGUGGACGGAGUGGAAAGAAAAAUAAAAAGAAAAAGAAGGCGAGUGAAAAAGCCAUACAGGAACACCAAGGAAUGUGGCACUUAUAUCAAGGAAUGAGGCACCUGUGUCAAGGAUAUCUCAGGGCAAUUGAGGGGUUUGAAAUGCAAAACAAAACAAGAAAGCCUGCGGAUAAAUUUGGUUCCGAACAGACCCGCUAUGAGCGCCGUUUCAUGCCAUUCCAAGCUGUGGAUACCCCUCAGCCGAUGUAUUACGCGCAUUACAAGGAGUAUAGCAACUUGUCCAAGAUGAAUGCAUCGCAGAACACAGACCUGUUUGUGAUGGCAUCGAAUUCAUUUCAGCAAGCGAAGUCCAUUUUUGAAGUUGUUAAUAAUGUACAUAGUGAGGUUGCACUGUUACUAAAAGUGACGAAGACAAAUCUCGUUGUCACUAAACUGGCUGCUGGAGGCCACAAACAUGACUCCAAGAUUCCACCAGAGUUUGACUUUCAAUGCCACCGAGCCUUUCCAAUCAUUAAGUUAAAAUGAAACUCACAGAUCCAAAUUUCUUUGAUUUCCUAGAAAGAUAGUUUUCACCUCAUGCGUAAGCACGGCUAUGUGAAGUCUAUCGAAUUCACUUACUUCAUAUCUUGGCCAAGGCUAUUGGCUUCCAUUCUUUCCAUCAAAUGUCAGAGAAUGAUAGACAUGCUUGUAAAAAGUCGUGUUUAAAAUGAAAUCUAUUUAAGAAACACUUUUCAUGUUUUUGUCUGGCUACUCCAUUUUUUAGUCUGCAUAUUCGUCAGAUUGUCGAGUGGUCGUUUUAUCUCCGUCUAUCUGUCCGUCUAUACACAAUUUGCCUUCUUGAAAGCACGGUGUCUUUCGAAUUGUUUUGGCUUUUGUUGUAGCUCUUAUUGCCUAAAUCAACCAACUUUUAAGAGUGAAUAACACACUUUAUCAUAUUCGAGUCACAAGAUCUGGUUUCCUCACUUUAGUGUGAUGUUGACGUGCACUCUUGUUGUCGAUAAG